AUGGCCGACAACGAGGUGGUUGUCACGGGACUGUCGAACUUAACAGUACGCGACGUGGCCAGCAACAACGCUAACAUGAGGACGAGCGUUCUCAUGCACUUGCCCAAGGUGCAGAUAAGCUGCACUUACAAAGUAAAGGGUUAUAUCAAUAGCGAUGGCGUAUCUCGAGCUCAAAUCCUGGAAGACGAAGGUGUCUUCGAGGCUGACUUGGAGCGUGCAGCUGUCUCUUGGUAUGCACGAGUCCUGAACGUCGACAAAGAGGACCUCUUGGUGGCUCAGACAGGUCUUCGCACGCACAUGGACCAAGUGACACGACAGCAGUUUCGGUCGACUAGGAAAGGUAACCUGGGCGAUGUCGGCGACUUCCUCGGUGCGAGUAUUGUGGAUCGUGUGAGGCAGAUCAUAGAAGACCAGAUGAACAAGGCUAUUUCGCAGGUUGUUUCCAAGGCCCACGAUGAACUCCACGAGCUUCUGGAGAUGACUAUGGGACCUCACGCACAAGUACCGCGAACUUUCUCACGCCAUCAUCACAGGCUCAGCAAGCGCCAGGUUCCCUGCAACAACGGCACCGAGCUCGAUGAUUACGUCGACUACCUGUUUCGGUUCGCCCGCAGAAUUAUACGAGCUAUGGAGCCCAUCCCCGGACCAAACUUCACUGUUUACGUUGAAGAACACAUACAGGUGUUCAUGUAUGACGUACAAGUACGCAAUGUCCACACACUAUCGCGUCGGAAGCCAGCCUACGUUGUCUGUGAAAACGGUGACGUCACCGUCGGCCUCGUAGUGCGCAUCGAGACCAUCCUGGCCAUGGCAAAGUAUCGCGUCAUCAGCGACAGGACACAUCUGCUCUUCAACGGGGACACAGACAUCAAGCUCACGGACACAGUGGUUUGGAUACAGAUAACGCAACUGGCGAAUGGCAAUAAUCGGCUGGACGUCUUCAAAAUAUGGCGGAUGGGAAGAGCAAGAGUGUUAAUGAAAGGUCUAGGCAACCUCACGUCGGCCAUGUCUAUGUUAUUAACCAACAUAUUGAAUCACGACCCAUGGAACGUGAUACCUGUGGCUGAAGCUCAAGCUGUAGCAAUUGGCAGGGAAAUGCUGGCAAACAUUACUGUGCCCAUAUUCUCCUUGGUGUAAUGGCUAACAGGAUCUCGAUACGACCCAAAUAGGGCGAUUCUAUUUCAAUGUAACGUAGGAGCAGAGAAAAUGCAUCAUAAGACGAGUGACUGAAGCAUUCGUCCUGCCACCAAUUGCUGGAAUGGUUAGCACACGAACAGAAGCGCACAGUUCCAGUCAACUUCGCCAACAUGCAAGAGAGGAGAACCGUGACUUCUAUCGCCAUGUCUUGCGCCGGCAGGCUGACUCAGGGUUCAGUAGGCCCCUGCCGUAAUUGACUUUCGAAACGUCGCUAGUGUGGAAUAUGAAGCAACGUCACCUUCAAGCAUGUGGCACUCAGUGUGGUGCGCUUAUCAUAAAUAAUUUUACGAACGUGUUUGAGCGCGUGUACGCCUAUGUUAUGGUUUUUGCUUAUCAUCCUCAAGUGCUAUGAAGGAAACAAACUUUCUCACGAAACGAAGGCAUAGUCGUUGCAUAAAUAAAUUGCAACGUCCGAAUGUUGUGGUAAAUGAAAUAAAUGGACAAUGACCUCAC